UUUUUGUUUUGUAUUCCGCUACUUGAUAGUCAUUAGUCAUUACUCAUUAGUCAUUAGUCAAUACUCAAUAGUCAGUUAAACUCAGUCAGGCACUCAAAUAUUUGAUUAUAUAAUAUUCGGAUAUUAUUUCUUGGUACUUCCAAAUUUUCAUUUCGUAUAUUCUGUAGUACUUCUAUCUCAGAUUAGGUGUACACUGUUUUCAGUUAACUUGAAUAUUGAAAACUAUUUACUAAAAUAGUUACUGUUACAGUAUUGUGAUUUGCAGACAGCAUUUGCAGUUAGACAGAUAAGAAUAUUAAGUUACACUAACAGCACUUUGCACUAUACUGUUAUUGUUGUCAUUUACUGUAAAGCUUUAAACUACUAUGGAUUCAACAUUUUCUGUGUCUAAGGGAUGUUUUGUGUUUAAAAAACCAAACAAGGAAAAGAACAAAAGAAAAAGUAAAAAACAACUGACAACCAAUCAACCAAAAGUUGAAUUAUGGCAUACUACGUACAUUGAUAUUUGGAAUGAUAUUAAAUCUAAAAUCGAUGAUUUAAAUGGAUCAAUAUACUCUAAGUUUAUUUCAGACACAGUAGAUUUCAUGACAACGUCAAACAUAACUACAAAUCAAAAUAUUCCAACAGCAUGUUUAUUGACAGGAGUUAAUUUACCAGAUCAUGAAUCUCUAUUUGAAUUACUAGCAACCAAUUUAGAAAAAUCUCAGCCGCCUGUUAUUGUUGCAACACUGUUUUCUGAGCACUUUUCUAGUGUUAAAAAUGCAGUUAUAAGUAUGGUGUCACAAUUGUUACAUACAAAUAAUGAUGAAUCUGAUUCUGAUGAAGAAAUAGAUGAAAGCUUAAACUCUGUUGUUAAACGAUCUGAAUGUACUAUACCUAAUUUAAUUGAAUGGUAUAGCCAUCAACCAAAUGGAACUCGUAUAGCAGUUCUAAUAAAAGAUUAUGAAAUGUGUCAUCAGACAGUCUUGCAAAAUUUCAUUUUACUUUUAAGUUGCUAUAUCAAAGAAAUCCCAAUUGUUAUGGCUAUUGGUAUUGCUACUUCUAUAUCAAACUUACACAAUUCUUUUCCUCAUCAUGUGGUUACCAAACUUAAAGUGAAAAUGUUUGUUAGUGAAGCAUCUGUUGUAUUUUUAAAUAAUAUUAUGGAUCAGGUAUUUCUAAAGCCAGACUGUUCAUUCUUCUUGGGUGGACGUAUUUUGGAAUAUGUGACUGAAGUAUUUUUGUUCUAUAAUUUUUCUAUUAAACAGUUUAUAGAAAAUCUUAAGUUUUGUCUCAUAGAACAUUUUUAUCGUAAGCCUCUCAAUUGCAUAUGUGUUGCUCAUGAAUCAGCUCAAGAAGCUUUAUUUGAUUCUUUAGAUAAAAAAACACUAGAAGAAAUUACAAAACUGCGUUCUACUAAUUAUAAAUUAAAUAUUGACAGCAAUUUUAAAGAAAAUUUUUUUCAAUUAAUUAAAGAAUUGAAAGCUGGUAUCAAUGAUUUUCAUGUUGGAUUAAGAGUAUUAUAUAUUUUGGUGUCAGAUUUACCACAUUCACCAUUAGGAACUCAACUCAGAGAAAUGUAUUGUAUUGCAAUGAAAAAGCAUAUAAUUGACAACCCAUCUUACAAAACAUGUCUACAAUUAUUAAAAUUUUUGUCCAAAGCUGAGUUACUUGCUAAAUUUGACAAGAUAAUUCAAGUUUUCAAGAAUGUAAAAAAUAAUAAACAAACAAAAGCUGCUUUAAAAUUAGUUCAAAGUUAUGUAAAACGUUUAGAAGAGUCUCAUUUGAAUAAUUUAGUUAUUGAAAAAGAUAAACCUAUAGAGAAACCCAAAGAAAAUUUACAAGCUACAUCGAGAUCACAGUUUAAAAGAAAACUUAUGGAAAAUGUUAAACAUGAAGAAAGCCAGCCAAUGACUGAGUUUGAAAAAGCACGCUCAGAAACUUUGGAUCAUUUUACGGAAGAAAUAUUACGUCAAUUCCUUACACCUCCAACAACCAUGCCUUUAAAUGAAUUGUUGAUUUUUGAUGAUUUACCAUUAAUUAAACGUAAAAUUGUUGGAGAAGACAGAGCUGCUCAAUAUACAGCAUUUGUUAACCCUCAACACUAUUUAUGUUGUGAUUGCUGUGAAUUGGAAUUUACAGAACAAAUAUUCAAAACCAUGCCAGAUAUAUCUAUUGUGUAUAAAUUACAUUUAGAGUCAAGGUUUGACCAGAUUAACAUAUAUGAUUGGUUACAGAAAUUUAUUUCAAUUGUUAGUCCAGACCAAAACGACAAUGAUAAUGAUGACGAUAUAGAUCCAGUAUUACAAUCUCGAUUUGUGCGUGCUGUAAAUGAAUUGCAGCAUUUGGGAUACAUACGGCCGUCCAAGUACAAAGCAGAUCAUGUGCAGCGCCUUACACAUGGAUCUUGCUAAUUAAUAAUGAAUAAUGACUUAUAUUAGUUAUUUAUUAAUGUCUGAAUUUUAAUUCUUAUUUAUUUUUC